GCAGAAGUUGAGGGCCAGCUGCAUCCUAUGAAACUUGUGUUUGGCAGGGAAGAGUCAUUCAUUCACCGAAAUGGACUACGCACUCGACGGGUGAGAGAAGGGAUACCAGAAAGCCAAGCAAGGCUGAAGCAACGCACGAUGAGUUAUGGCGCCGGUCGGUGUGGUGCAGAUGAUUGCAAUGCGACUGCGUGAGCAGCUCUUGCCGCAGCGUGUGUUCACGCUUUUGAUCAUAGGAUGCCUUCAGAUGAACCAGACUCAGGUACUCAGCCAACCAGCGCAUUGACUCGCUCAUCCAUUCAACGCCUCCAUCGCUCAUGGCCGCUUGGUUGCCCUCUCUGUUGGUUGUGUGUGCAGCGUGUGCAGGUCAACGCUGCCAUCGCUGCUGCACAACACUGCUAAGGGCCUGGCUAUCGUCUCCCUCUCACCUGAAUCGCCCAUCUGCCUUUCUGGUAUGAAUGGGUGUGGACACGGAAAGGGAACGAGGGCACGAAAAUGGACGUAUAUGUGUUUGUGUUCGUGUGCGGGUCCAUGCGUCGUCGUUGUGCUGUUGUGGUGUUGUCUGGCAGGUUGUUUUUCGCACUCUUCUGUCGCCUCGCUGUUCCGUUUGGGUGCGCUGUACAAUACUAUCUGGUUCGCAAUCGCACACACUGACUGGAUGGCUGGCUUGAGAGUGUCCGUCGCGUUGGUGGUGUUGUGUGUGUUGGUGGCAGGUUGUUUUCGCACCCUCUGUCGCAUUCACUCUCUGGUCUGGUGCGCAUCAAGACCACAAUGCAGACCGACCACACCCUGGGCGGGGCAGAAACGCCAGACGGCGGUGGGCUUAACGCUGUGCGCGGGCCGCUCGAGCAGGAAGACGACCAGGACGACCACAUGGUACGUCAUGCACCACACGGCACACACCAUCACCUGCACAUACCGCACACACCCACCACACACCUGCACCGCCACACACACCACACACCAACUAGAUGGGUCGGAUUCGGUCCUUUCUGUGUGUCGUGUGUGUGCAGCGUGUGCAGGAGGAGGGCGAAUCAGCUGAUGACAACAACAACACCGGGGUGACUGAUUGACGCACACACACACACAGCACACGGGCAGACAGAUUCCGUUUCUCUGUGUUCUGCCUGACUGCAUCAGGGUGGUGACGGCGGGGUGAGUGGUGCUGGUGCUGGGGGUGGUGCUGGUGCUGGUGGUGGUGGUGGUGGUGCUGGGGGAGGGGCUGGGGGCAUCCUGGUAUGCAACACGAUGUAUGGGUCUAUCAGUGGGGGGUGAAGACACAGACGCACAAUGUCAUCCAUCGUGUUUGCGGAUGUGUCUGGUUGUCCUGCAGAGCGGCGUGGCUUUGGGGGCCGGGCCGCUCGGUGGCCACAACACCCCCGCCAACAACCCCAACAACAGCAGCCAGGGUGCUGGGGGCUCUGGCCAAAACGACAACCCCGACGAUCAGGUAAAUGGGACGUGUGUGUGUCGCGCACAGUAUCCAUCCAUCCAUCCAUCCAUCCAUGGAAUGAAUGGAUGGAUGGAUGUGUCGUGUUCGUCUCUCCUCUCCUUCCUCCUGUCCAUCAGCUAAUCGUGCCGGACCCGCGCUCGGUGAGCGAUGGGACAGAGAGACGGCCAGCUCAUGUGUCACGGAUAGAUGGAUGGAUGGAUGGAUGCCCUUUGCAGUUGCUUCGUCCACGGUUGAUCCCCGGGUCCGUGCCGCUCGUCCGGUUGCCACCCAGGGACAACGUACGUCCGGCUGCCUCCCGGGUGAGCGAUGGGAGAGAGAGAUGGCCAGCUCAUGUGUCACGGAUGGAUGGAUGGAUGGAUGCCCUUUGCAGUUUCGUGCACCGUUGGCCCCCGGGUCCGUACGGCCCAACAUCGCCGGGCUGGGCAUGAGGGCUCCGAGGCCGGUAAGCAGCCGCGCUCCGCACAGCAAAUAGAGAGAUAAAUGGGGUGGAGUGGGGUGGGGUGGAUCAUGGACAGACAGACAGACAGAGGGGAGGGAUGCCUUAUUUGUUUGUAUGUAUGGUGUCGUCUGUUGUGUUGUGUCGCGUCAGGUGGGCGGCAUCCUCGCGGGCCACCCACACGUGUGGCGUCAGUGGCUCUGCAUCGGCGGCGGCCACUACGACACGCGUUACAUGGGCCCCGACACGCAGCAAACGAUGCCGCCCAUGGGCGGUCCGCUCGGGGUACGUGUACGACGGAUGCGGCAUGCACGACACGACACACACGCGACAAACAAAGCAUUGUGCGUUUGUGUGCAUCCCCUUCUCUCUCUCUCUCUCUCUCUCUUGUCUCUGUCUGGCUGUGCAGGGCCCACCGCUCACGCAGCUGCCGUUGGUCAACAACCAGGUGCCGCUCAACUACAACGGACAGGCGAUGGGUCAGUCAGCACACACAGAUCCAAACACACACAUGGAAGGGGUGCGAGGAAUGGGUGGCUGUGUGCGUGUGGCGUGUGCAGCACCACUGCCACACGGCCCCCGGGCACACAUGCCCGUCCGGGCUCCCGGACCCAUGUCGCCCAUGCGGCCCAUCAUGUGGCCCAUCAUGCCGCCCCGCCCGGCGUACCAGCGCCCCCCAAACUACCCCAACUACGGCCCCCAGCGACCCCCCAACUACCCCCAACUACCCCCAGCGACCCUACUAGACCACUCAGACAGACACACAAGAUACCACACAGAUGUAAGCUACACAGACAGACACAGAGAGGGAAGGAUAGAUGGGAUGGACGCACUCACCCACUCGGGAUGGGCGUGGCGGUCAUGUGUGGCGUCUGUCUGCGUGUGUGUGACUUGGUGUCAGACGUCCGAUCUGCUGUUUCCUUCUGCGAUGAUCCAUCCUGCCGGUAGACAUACGUAGAUGGGAUAGCAGGGGGAGCGAGGGAGAGGGGGAGGGUUAUAUAAUGUAGCUGUGUGCACACCCAUACCAUCCGGCGACCUCACACAACCACCUCACCCGCCACUGAUCGCACCGCGACACACCACACACUGUCACACACUAUCACUGUCUGUCUGUCGGGUGCGGUCAGUGGCCGGGGGUGUGGUUGUGUGAGGUCGACCCAUGGCUACACAUAUCUGUGCCUAGAUUGAUCCAUGGUGUGUGUGCGUGUGCGGCGUGGCGCCAGCCCCCUCUUUGCCUUGGCGUGUGCGCGGCCCUUUUCAUGUAGGUCAGUCAGUCAGUCUGCAUAUUUUGGGUUUUUGGCGAGGUGAUUGAGC